CCGCCGCCCGCCGAGAGCUUCGCAUUCCUGAACCAGGAACUUCCCCCGCUUUCGACUGGAAGCUGCCCAUCGCCCGACCUCCAGCCGACCCCGCGAACACGACAAUGCAAUGUCCAAAUGACCAAUCAAAGAACCUACGCAUACCCGAAAUCGAAAAUGGCUGAGACCCCGGGCUCGCCGUCCGCCAGCGCGGGCGGCUUCAUGGUAAAUACUCUGCCGUCGCCCGCGCCGACCACCGCAAGCACAACGUCGACCAUUCGCUCCGUCGCCGGCCUGCCGCAUCCCCGCGCCCGCGCCCUGCGGCCCGGGUCCGCGAAGGAGGACCAGGUGCGACACUUCGUCUCGGAGCGCCUGAUGCAUAUGACCCGCCGCUUCCUCAAGAAAGCGGGCAAGGCCCCGCCCGGCGGCGACGAGAUCGAGGGCUACAGGUCCAUGACCGAGCUGUGCAAGGACCUCGACGGGCUGAUUAACAUUGUCUGGCUGUCCGGCACACCCAACCUACAAAUCCCCUACCUGCUCAACAUCGCCAGCGAGUUCAACACCUGGGUGAAGGGCUUCCCGCCGGCGCCGGCCGCGACCUUCCCGAUCCUGCACAAGCUCGACCACUGCUUCGCCAGCCUGCUCUCGGGCGCGGACAUGGAGACCGGCGAGCCGCUGCCGGGGUUCGAGAACGGCCUCCGGGCCGGCAUGAGCAGGACCGACAUGGUGCGCUGCAAGAGCCUGGUCGAGCAGGCCCGCUUCGUGAUGGUGGAGGUCAUGGGCAAAACGCCCGGCGAGGACGACGAUGGCGACGACCGGGCAGAUGAUGAGAAGGGCGACAGGGAGGGGGACGACACGCUCGAUGAAGCCGAGAGCGGCCCGGAGGGGCCAGGUGGAGAGGACGGGCCUGCCUGGAACGAGGACGAGGAGCGGCUGUUCAUGGAUGUUGCGCGCGUGUACGAGAACACGCUAGUCAAGCUGGGGGAGACGCUCGGGGAGGGAGGGGUGGCUGAGGCGCAGAUGUUUGCCGACUAGGCUCCGGCUCAGCGUGCAUGUGCCUCUUCGUUCUUCACCCAGGGGGAUCAGCCGGUGAUGAGUCGGAGCUUUCCGAUUUGGAGAAGUUCGAUGCUGUGAAAACGCCACAUAGGUACGUAGUUAGGCUCUUGAAGUGGCGGAGAUGCCUAAUACGGAAUAUUACCGUGCCCGACGAGGAGGGCCGCAGCUACCGUAUUCUUGCCCUUCGCGCUCCGUAUUUUGCGCCGGUACAUGGUCAUUCUCCUGAAAGGAAACGGUGACGUCGCAUCCUAGUUUGUCUGUAUCCAUGUGAGGGUUGAGCAAAAAUAAGGCCAAGCAACGUGCAGCCCAAGCCCCCUGGUACCCUAAGCGCCUAGAGAUGACCCUUCUUCUGGACAACGACACUACGCUUCGAGUUGUCGCG